AUGUUGGGACGCCGGUGUUCUUACGACAGUUUCCUUCCACCUCAUCAUGGCCAAAAUGGUAAUGGGUUCGGAUCUUUGUCCUUCGACCCCACUAUGGCGAACUUACUCGCACGAGCGAACUCGAAUGGGCAAUCAGACCAGGUGCCGUCCAGGUUUCCGUCAUUGUCGUCGAAAGGUUCCAACGAUUACAAUGGAGCGCGCGAGAUGUUCGUUCAUUCGGGGAUUCCAUUUAUCCUGGAUAGCCAGGGGGGCAAUCCUGGAACGACAGAUAUAUCCGGUGGAGAUGCGUUUGGUACGGAUCCGGCAGUCGCGGGCCUGGACCUUCUAACUAUAGCGCCUGGAACACGACAUGAGCUUAACCGUUCCGGAACGGGUAGCAGCUGCGGCGAUCGGCCUUCACGUGGAGAAAGCUUUCGCCGAACGGAUUCAACCAAUUCGGACCAGCCUCUGCUGCUAUUCUCGAAAACAGAUGAUUCUGCUGCGUAUGGAUCUGGCCAGUUAGACGAGGGUGGUCCACCAGCGUUCAUCACGCAGGGUCCACCGGUGCUGCAGACGGCGGAAUCGGAAACAGGCCCUUCGUCGAUGAGUACAUUGCCGAGUGCAUCCUACCCUGUUGCGGACUCUUGCUCGACGACAGCUAGUAUGGAGAACUUGAUAAACCAAGCAGGAGCUUCUGGUGCGCUACACAGCUCAGGACCGCGUUUCGUUGAACGAGUGCCAUCGACUCUACAGUCGUGUACGGCGACAGAGUCGGGUGCUCAAACGGGUCGAGGCGAAAGUUUGUAUUGCUCGUCUGGUCAACGGAUGCCGAUGGACAGAACAGGGACUCAACAGCGGAUGACGGGGGGGAGCGUUGGGAGUGACUGUCACGGUCUGUGGCAGGGGGGUGCGCAGUUGCAUGUAGCACCCGAGCAAUAUCGUGUGGUGUACCCGCAUCAAGGCCAUGGUGCCGAUGUGCAGAGUAAGUGGGAAACAGGCACCGGUCAGUACCACCCUCCUCCUGGGACACCGUAUGUAGGGACCGCGUACCACUGGUCCGGUGACUGGUUCGGUGCAGAGCAACAGCACCAAGGCGCGAGUAAAAAUUCGUUUCGUUUUGACCAACGUGAAACCGAAGGCACUCGAGAAGGCGCGCUACCAGGGACUGGAGAGGAUCAGGCAAGAGCCCUUUCGGAUUCUGGAGUGAUGUCGCUGACGACUGACGCAUACUUUUCAGCAGCGCAUUCUGAAGCUGUUUCACCAGCAUCAUCUGUGCCGUCGGAUAAGGGCUGCGUCGCCCACCACGGUGUUGCUGCUGAUGAGCCCGGCUCCUGUUCUGCAGAGGGAGCGCUGGAUGGGGUUUCUUCUUCGGGCAACAACGCGAUCAGGUCGUCUUCCUCUUCUCUGGCUCCACCGACGGGGAAUUCGACAGCGACAACUUCGCCUGGAAUUGCAGCAGAAGCCAGCUGCAGCGGUUCACUUGCAGCUCCGGACGAAGCGAGUGUUCUGCCAAGCAGGACAACUGGGACCACCAGCAGCAGUGACUCCGGUGAUGCCCAUUCGGAAGGGGGCGAUGGCUCGGAAGGUGGGGAUCGGUGUAUCACCGAGCUGACGAAGGGAAACAGGUGUAUUCGGGGAGCCCCGAGAGCGACAGUGCAGCAGCUCUAUGGCCAGACCUACGAUUUGGAAGCUUUGGCUCUGGAAAUCGACCGCACUUCUCUGGACGCAAUGGACACGGGCGAGAUCCGGAGAGACUACUAUCCGGGUGUGAAGUUUCCGGUUGGCGAUUUGGGUCGGAAACUGUUGUUGAUCGCUGUGCGAGAGAAAAUGGAGGCCGGCACGUGUGGACAACUGAAAUUUCUUACGUUGACUGACCUGUUCCGUCUGGCGUACGAACUGGGCAUGUGGAGCUUCGCGCUGAAGGUUUCGAUGGCAUACAAAGCUGGCGGGUUGCGUAUUCCAAAGGGAGGCCUUGGAGGAGGUAGAGGUGGAGGCGGAAGGGAUGAACUUUGGUGUGCCAAAGAGAGUCGUCGCCGUCGAAAGGGACGGAAAAGCAACAGAUCGCGGACGAAGGCAGGAACUGGCAGAGUCGCCAAGGCUGAUCAAGAUGGAGACGCUUUAGAGGACGAGGAAGAAGAAGAGCAUCUCGACACCAUGGCGUGGCCGCCCCAAGGCAAGUUCCAAGCUGGAGGCGGUAGAGUCGACUUCGGUGAGGAACGCGGCGAGAUUAACGAAGGACACUUCGUUAAUGAAGCGGAGAGCAAAGGGAUAAACGCGUGGGGUAUGGACGACACGAGGGGAAUGUACAUUCAUGGGCUGUCGGAAGGCCCGAUAGAAACCAGGGACGGUGGAGACUUCAGACAGGGACAAGAUCUUUCGGCCCAGAAGGCUCCUGAAAUUUUGGCGAGUCGCGAGCCUGCCCAGUUGCGAGGCUUGCUGCCGGAGGAAGAGCUGCAGUCCAUGUGUCACGGAAACUUAAUGGGUGAACACGUAAGUCAGCAGGCGCAAAGCGUGAAGGGACAGUUAGACUUUGACGGCUACGCAGAGCAGGGAAGCGAAUUGGGAGCGACUCAGUGGCCGGGACAAACGCAGUCUUCGUUGGGGGAAGGGGGGGCAGAGGAACUGGACAACCAACCAAGUUUGCGCACAUUGCGAGUGCGAGCGAGGCCUUCUCGAGUGAGAAGGGGAAGGAAACGCUCCCGGACGCAGAAUUUCGAGGGAGAGGAGAACGAGGCAAUGCCGUGGGAGACAGACGGGCAAGAAAAUGUAGGUUGGAGGUACGAUGGGGGGCUGGCGGUUCCGUGCGCGUUCAGCGCCGACAACCCCGCUGUGUUGGGAGCUCUUUCCGGUAGUUCUUCAGUGUUUGUGUAUCCAAAAACACAACACCUGGAAGCAGGCGUGGUGCUGGCGGGUAGAAGAGAGGCGGGGCCCAGCAGGGAGAAGGUGGCGAGGGUAGAGGGGAACACCAGCGACGGUUUUGAAUUGGGUGACCGUUUCAAUUCAGGCACAGACGCACGCGAGUUCCAGUGCCUACAGUCAGCCGGCGCGUCUGAUGCCACGCUGAUGUCGGUUCUUCAAGGUUCGGGUGUGCAGACCGAAGAAGGGGGAGACCCGACGGUCGAAGUGGGAGGACUACUUCCACCUCCGUCCGAUGCAGUGGAAAAUGGAUGUCAGAGCUCGGUGUCGCCAGCGGAGUUUGCAAACAAAGACUUGUAUUUUUACGGGCAGUUGCCAUGUGCUGGUCCGGAAAGCGUAGGGACCGGGCGGACAGAUCUGAACACCUCUUCGCUUGGGGACGGUAACGUGAAUUUGGAGGUGUUUCGUCAGACAGGCGGGGUAGACUACAGCUUGAAAGGUCGCGGCCCACCCGACUACGAUAGAAGUUCUGGACAAGAAGAGCAGAACCGUGCCCCGUUUUGUCAAGUGGCCGACGAUGCCGGCGCCGCCGUUGGCGACUGGAUUAGCGGGAACCACUAG